GUGUGCUUCAUCUUGUCUUCCAGAAGAACGCUUCGUCACAGCCUACUUGAAUGGUGAGGCUGCUUUUCAUCUUACAAGCCAUCCAGCGUUGGAAGAAGCGUUGGCGGUGGAUUUACAUGGAGGAAUGCGUUUGCUUCCACCGUCCAGCAGCUCAAUUGCAAUGCCUGGCUGUCAACUUCGAUCAUUGGAGCUGCGAUGCCGAGCCUUGCCUUUGGAUGAAGUUCUGGAAGCGCAGGUUCCACGUGGAGUGUGGAAAUGCAACAAGUGCAAGCGCUACAAUCCCCCUGCCAAGCGCCUAGAGAAACCCUUGUGCUAUUGCGGAGUGGUCCGGCCCAGCAGCGCAGCGAGACCCAAGGAUGACAAGGAUGACGAGCAUCCUGGAUUAACGGUGGUAGUGGCGGACAGCUUCCAGGAGCUGGUGAUUGACAGCGAGCGACAUGUUUUCUUGGAUGUCUAUGCGGACUGGUGUGGACCAUGCCUCCAGGCAAAGCCACAUUUUCACAAGUUGGCUGCUUUGCUCCGUGCCUGUGAUGACAUUGGCAUUUGCGGGUAUGAUGCCGAUGCCAACGAGAAGCCAACCAAAUACAUCCCAGAAUCAACCAUCCCUGUCUUCAAGCUCUUUGUGCGCGGCGACAAACAGAAUCCCAUCAGUUUCAAAGGGGAGCGCACCUUGAGAGGUUUUUUGGCUUUCCUAAAGCAGCACACCAAGUUGGAUAUCCAGGAUGCCUUACGGCUUCUCUAUGCCGACUAUUGCUUUCAGAAUGACAUUGAAGACCUCUACAGGUACUUCUUGGCAUCUUUGGCAGCCCAACUGGACAAGAAUCAUCAGCUUCCAUCCCAUCUUCUUCGUUGGGCCGAGCAGUACUUCCUCGAUCCUGACAGGUUCUAUCCUGUCAAGGAUUCUGACGAUGCGUGGCAAGUGGCGAAGAAGGAUGUUCCCUCCAGCUUACUUCCAGAGGCAUUGCGACCACUGCAACCAGGAACCAAAGUUCGGGUCACUAAAGAUGAAGCCACAUUGGAGAGGACGCAGAGACAAGUCAUGGGCUUCAUCCACAACCGUUGCGCACGGAAGGAACUGCUGGGGCAAGUAGGGACUGUGGUGGUGGCAGAAUCGCACCGCACCGAAGUCCAGGUCCAAUUCUCGCCCGAGCUGGUGGCGCCAAUGCGGUCUGAAAGACGAUAUGGCCAUCAUGCGCGGGAGAUUGAGAGGUUGGAAAAACAGGGCAUCGUGAUGUUGCAUCGUCAAGCCUUGGAGAUUGAGGCAGAGGCGGUUUCAGCUGCUCCGCGUAGGAAAAGCAAGUGGAUUGAGGUGUGGGAGAAAGUGCCAGCUGUGGAGAAGGAUCGACUGCAUGAAGUGGUGGUGCGCAUGGAUCUUCAACUGAUGAAUGCUCAGCCCAGCGAUCCAAGGUCAUAUUUGAUCCAUGCCAUCACGGAUGGAAACCCGUUGACCACUUCGACUGUCUAUCCCAGAUUCUUGAGCGAGCCGUGCCCCGAGCGAGUGGCUGUAAAAGCUCCCAAGCCUUUGGGAAAACAAGAGGCAAAUGAAGCCUGGACGGACUUGGAAAAAGCACUCUUUUUGCCUGACAUCUUCGGACAGUUGGGUUCAGGAGGGGAUGAGUCGCGGCUACAGCUGGUGAAACAGCUGUUAAUCAGGCGAUCAGCUGGCGAAGACUGUUCGGAAAACUGA